UUGGUGUGUCACAGGUCUCCAGGGCAGCAGUGCUGUUCUUCCUCCUUCAAACCCAAGGUCUGCCCUCAGCCAGACCUCCCUCACCUGACGUGGACACCACAGGCUGGAACCAGAGCAUCCAUCAGCAAGGUGGAACACAAAGGCCCUGUGCUGAGCACCCAUAAUCCUCUGGGGGUACCCCCCCAAAAACAGCACCCCCACCAUGUUUAAUCUAAUGAAGAAAGACAAGGACAAAGAUGGAGGGCGGAAGGAGAAGAAGGAGAAAAAGGAGAAGAAGGAGCGGAUGUCAGCAGCAGAGCUGAGGAGCCUGGAGGAGAUGAGCCUGAGACGCGGCUUCUUCAACCUGAACCGCUCCUCCAAGCGUGAAUCGAAGAUGCGCCUGGAGAUCUCCAACCCCAUCCCCAUCAAGGUGGCCAGCGGCUCCGACCUGCACCUGACUGACAUUGACUCCGACAGCAACAGGGGCAGCGUCAUCCUGGACUCGGGCCACCUCAGCACAGCCAGCUCCAGCGAUGACCUCAAGGGUGAGGAAGGCAGUUUCCGGGGCUCUGUGCUGCAGCGGGCGGCCAAGUUCGGCUCCCUGGCCAAGCAGAACUCCCAGAUGAUUGUCAAGCGCUUCUCCUUCUCCCAGCGGAGCCGGGACGAGAGUGCCUCUGAGACCUCCACCCCCUCGGAGCACUCUGCUGCCCCAUCUCCGCAGGUGGAGGUGAGGACUCUAGAGGGACAACUGGUGCAGCAUCCUGGCCCAGGCCACCCUCGACCAGGGCCCCGGUCCCAAGUCCCCGAGCUGGUGACUAAACGGUUUCCGGCUGACCUGCGCUUGCCCCCCGUGGUGCCCCCGCCACCCCCUGCCCUCCGGGAGCUGGAGCUGCAGCGAAGGCCCACUGGAGACUUUGGCUUCUCCCUGCGGCGUACAACCAUGCUGGAUCGGAGCCCCGAGGGCCAGGUCUAUCGGAGGGUGGUUCACUUUGCUGAGCCUGGUGCGGGCACCAAGGACCUGGCCCUGGGGCUGGUGCCGGGUGAUCGUCUGGUGGAGAUUAAUGGGCACAACGUGGAGAGCAAGUCCAGGGAUGAGAUUGUGGAGAUGAUCCGGCAGUCAGGGGACAGCGUGCGGCUCAAGGUGCAACCCAUCCCAGAGCUCAGUGAGCUCAGCCGGAGCUGGCUGCGGAGCGGCGAGGGACCACGCAGGGAGCCGGCCGAUCUGGACCCUGAGGCCGCCUCUCCUGCCCACAGCCAGGUAGGGUGUUCCUGUCCCCCUCAGGAGCCCUCCACUUCCUCCGGGGACCACCUGCCACCCCCGGCCUGUACCUGGGCCGGCGUCUGUGCUCGGGCCUCAUGCUGGAGUGUGAAGACAGAAGAGCAGAUUGCAGCGGAGGAGGCCUGGCACGAGACAGAGAAGGUGUGGCUGGUCCAUAAGGAUGGCUUCUCUCUGGCCAGUCAGCUCAAAUCCCAGGAGCUCAGCUUGCCCGAGGGGAAGGUGCGCGUGAAGCUAGACCACGAUGGAGCCAUCCUGGAUGUGGAUGAGGACGACGUGGAGAAGGCCAACGCCCCCUCCUGCGACCGUCUGGAAGACCUGGCCUCGCUGGUGUACCUCAAUGAGUCCAGCGUGGUGCACACACUGCGCCAGCGCUACGGCGCUAGCCUGCUGCACACGUACGCCGGCCCCAGCCUGCUGGUCCUCAGCCCCCGGGGGGCCCCCGCUGUGUACUCCGAGAAGGUGAUGCACAUGUUCAAGGGGUGUCGGCGGGAGGACAUGGCACCCCACAUCUAUGCCGUGGCCCAGACGGCGUACAGGGCAAUGCUGAUGAGCCGCCAGGACCAGUCCAUCAUCCUCCUGGGCAGCAGUGGCAGUGGCAAGACCACCAGCUGCCAGCACCUGGUGCAGUACCUGGCCACCAUCGCAGGCACCGGCGGGAACAAGGUGUUUUCUGUGGACAAGUGGCAGGCUCUGUACACCCUCCUGGAAGCCUUCGGGAACAGCCCCACCAUCAUGAACGGCAAUGCCACCCGCUUCUCCCAGAUCCUCUCCCUGGACUUUGACCAAGCUGGCCAGGUGGCCUCGGCCUCCAUCCAGACGAUGCUUCUGGAGAAACUGCGCGUGGCUCGGCGCCCGGCCAGCGAGGCCACAUUCAAUGUCUUCUACUACCUGCUGGCCUGUGGGGAUGGCACCCUCAGGACAGAGCUCCACUUGAACCACUUGGCAGAGAACAAUGUGUUCGGGAUUGUGCCACUGGCCAAGCCCGAGGAGAAGCAGAAGGCAGCUCAGCAGUUCAGUAAGCUACAGGCGGCCAUGAAGGUGCUGGGCAUCUCCCCCGAUGAGCAGAAAGCCUGCUGGCUCAUCCUGGCUGCCAUCUACCACCUGGGGGCUGCAGGAGCCACCAAAGAGGCCCCUGAGGAGCAAGAGGAAGCUGCUGAAGCUGGGCGCAAGCAGUUUGCCCGCCACGAGUGGGCCCAGAAGGCCGCGUACCUGUUGGGCUGCAGCCUGGAGGAGCUCUCCUCGUCCAUCUUUAAGCACCAGUACAAGGGUGGCACCCUGCAGCGCUCCACCUCCUUCCGCCAGGGCCCCGAGGAGAGCGGCCUGGGAGAUGGGACAGGCCCCAAACUGAGUGCGCUGGAGUGCUUAGAGGGCAUGGCGUCCGGCCUCUACAGCGAGCUCUUCACGCUUCUUGUCUCUCUGGUGAACAGGGCUCUCAAGUCCAGCCAGCACUCCCUCUGCUCUAUGAUGAUUGUGGAUACUCCGGGCUUCCAGAACCCUGAGCAGGGCGGGGCGGCCCGAGGAGCCUCCUUUGAGGAGCUGUGCCACAACUACGCCCAGGACCGGCUGCAGGGGCUCUUCCACGAGCGCACCUUUGUGCAGGAGCUGGAAAGAUACAAGGAGGAGAACAUCGAGGUGGCGUUUGACGACUUGGAGCCGGCCACGGACGAUUCUGUUUCUGCCGUGGACCAAGCCUCCCAUCAGUCCCUGGUCCGCUCACUGGCCCGCACAGACGAGGCCAGGGGCCUGCUGUGGCUGUUGGAGGAGGAGGCCCUGGUGCCGGGGGCCACUGAGGAUGCCCUCCUGGAGCGCCUUUUCUCCUACUAUGGCCCCCAGGAAGGUGACAAAAAAGGCCAAAGCCCCCUCCUGCGCAGCAGCAAACCACGCCAUUUUCUCCUGGGCCACAGCCAUGGCACCAACUGGGUGGAGUACAAUGUGGCUGGCUGGCUGAGCUACACCAAGCAGAACCCGGCUACCCAGAAUGCCCCCCGGCUCCUGCAGGACUCCCAGAAGAAAAUCAUCAGCAACCUGUUUCUGGGCCGGGCGGGCGGCGCCACGGUGCUCUCGGGCUCCAUCGCGGGCCUGGAGGGAGGCUCGCAGCUGGCGCUGCGCCGGGCCACCAGCAUGCGGAAGACCUUCACCAUGGGCAUGGCGGCGGUCAAGAAGAAGUCACUGUGCAUCCAGAUUAAGCUGCAGGUGGACGCCCUCAUCGACACCAUCAAGAAGUCGAAGCUGCACUUCGUGCACUGCUUCCUGCCUGUGGCAGAGGGCUGGGCCGGGGAGCCCCGGGCCGCCUCCUCCCGCCGAGUCAGCAGCAGCAGCGAGCUGGACCUGCCUUCAGGGGACCACUGCGAGGCUGGGCUCCUGCAGCUGGACGUGCCCCUGCUCCGCGCCCAGCUUCGCGGCUCCCGCCUGCUCGAUGCCAUGCGCAUGUACCGCCAAGGUUACCCUGACCACAUGGUAUUUUCCGAGUUCCGCCGCCGCUUUGAUGUCCUGGCCCCACACCUGACCAAGAAACACGGGCACAACUACAUCGUCAUGGAUGAAAGGCGGGCGGUGGAGGAGCUGCUGGAGUCCUUGGACUUGGAGAAGAGUAGCUGCUGCAUGGGCCUGAGCCGGGUGUUCUUCCGGGCAGGCACGUUGGCACGGCUAGAAGAGCAGCGGGACGAACAGACCAGCAGGAACCUGACCCUGUUCCAGGCGGCCUGCAGGGGCUACCUGGCCCGGCAGCACUUCAAGAAGAAAAAGAUCCAGGACCUGGCCAUUCGCUGUGUGCAGAAGAACAUCAAGAAGAACAAAGGGGUGAAGGACUGGCCCUGGUGGAAGCUCUUUACCACCGUGCGGCCCCUCAUUGAGGUGCAGCUGUCCGAGGAGCAGAUCCGGAACAAAGACGAGGAGAUCCAGCAGCUGCGGAGCAAGCUUGAGAAAGUGGAGAAGGAGCGGAAUGAGCUGCGGCUCAACAGUGACCGGCUGGAGACCCGGAUCUCGGAGCUGACAUCGGAGCUGACAGAUGAACGUAACACGGGAGAGUCCGCCUCCCAGCUGCUGGACGCGGAGACCGCGGAGAGGCUCCGAGCUGAGAAAGAGAUGAAGGAGCUGCAGACCCAGUAUGACGCACUGAAGAAGCAAAUGGAGGUGAUGGAAAUGGAGGUGAUGGAGGCCCGCCUCAUCCGGGCAGCCGAGAUCAACGGGGAAGUGGACGAUGAUGACGCAGGUGGCGAGUGGCGCCUGAAGUAUGAGCGAGCCGUGCGGGAGGUGGACUUCACCAAGAAGCGGCUCCAGCAGGAGUUUGAGGACAAGCUGGAGGUGGAGCAGCAGAACAAGAGGCAGCUGGAGAGGCGGCUCGGGGACCUGCAGGCAGAUAGUGAUGAGAGCCAGCGGGCCCUGCAGCAGCUCAAGAAGAAGUGCCAACGGCUGACGGCUGAGCUGCAGGACACCAAACUGCACCUGGAGGGCCAGCAGGUCCGCAACCACGAGCUGGAGAAGAAGCAGAGGAGGUUUGACAGCGAGCUCUCGCAGGCGCACGAGGAGGCCCAGCGGGAGAAGCUGCAGCGGGAGAAGCUGCAGCGGGAGAAGGACAUGCUCCUCGCCGAGGCGUUCACCCUGAAACAGCAGCUGGAGGAGAAAGACAUGGACAUUGCAGGGUUCACCCAGAAGGUCGUCUCCCUGGAGGCUGAGCUCCAGGACAUUUCCUCCCAAGAGUCCAAGGAUGAAGCCUCUCUGGCCAAGGUCAAGAAACAGCUCCGGGACCUGGAGGCCAAGGUCAAGGACCAGGAAGAGGAACUGGAUGAGCAGGCGGGGAGCAUCCAGAUGCUGGAACAGGCCAAGCUGCGACUCGAGAUGGAGAUGGAGCGGAUGAGACAGACCCAUUCCAAGGAGAUGGAAAGUCGGGAUGAGGAGGUGGAGGAGGCCCGGCAGUCAUGUCAGAAGAAGUUAAAACAAAUGGAAGUGCAGCUUGAGGAGGAAUAUGAGGACAAGCAGUAGGUGCUCCCAGAGAAGCGGGGAAUUGGAGAGCAAGCUCAGCCACGCU